UCCCCUCCAAGCUGGCGAAAAAUGGACUGGCUGAUGAUCCUUCUUUCGCCAUUUGUCGUGGUAUUCGUUUAUCCUGUAGUUCUCCUUAUCAUGAUGUACGGUAGUGCAGUAUUUCUUCACGUCUAUCGACACAGGAGGCGCGAAAUUUAUGAUGCGUAUACGGGCAAUUUUUGGGAGGGCGCUAUGCAAACCGUGGCGGCUGUGUUCGAUUCACAUGGUUCCCUUUGGCACGGCUAUGAACUUCUUGGAAUGGAUAAGCUUCCAGCCAAAGGUCCUGCAUUAUUGAUAUAUUACCAUGGAGCAUUACCUUUGGAUAUGUAUUACAUACUGGCUAGACUACUGCUCUGCAAGAAGAGACGGCUAAGAAAUGUAGCAGCCACAUUUCUAUUUCAUAUACCAGGAAUUCAGUUGCUCCUUGAAGUCUGUGGAGCUGUCGAGGGACGUUCAAGAGAACAAUGUGUAGAGAUUCUUAAGAAUGGUGAAUUAUUGGCCAUUUCUCCAGGAGGGGUCAGAGAAGCUUUAUUUUCUGAUGAAUAUUACACAAUGAUAUGGAAUGGAAGACGUGGUUUUGCUAAAGUAGCACUUGAAGCCAAAGUGCCCAUCUACCCAGUGUAUACCCAAAACAUUAGGGAAGCUAUCCGCUCCAUUCAAAUUGGGCGCAAAUGGUUCCGCAAGCUAUACGAAUGGACUAAAUUACCUUUAGUACCACUGUAUGGAGGAUUUCCAGUCAAGUUAAGAACUUUCAUAGGAAAUCCUGUGUACUAUGAUGCUAAAAUGACUUGUGAUGAACUGGCUGGAAAGGUUCAGAGGGAAAUCCAGGAAAUGAUUGUGACUCACCAGCAAUUACCUGGGAGCAUCUUUGCAGCUCUGCAAGAUAGAUGGCACUUCACAAAAGAUAAAAAGCAAAUGUAACUUACUGGAUAUAGAUACCACAGAUGGCAAAUUAUUUUCUUUUAAACAACCUUGUUUGUUCAAAACAAAGAUAAUUAUUGUUAUCAAUAUCGUAACUUUCCUAACUAUAACAAGAAAUAACAUGCAAACUGCAUGCGGUGAUAAACAUGACAAUAUAUAAGGUGCUGUUGGAAAACAAAAAUUGUCUUCAGAAGUGACCUUUGAGAAUAUAACAACAGUUACUAACCUUAAAUUCAUAUAUAAGUGAAACUUAUAUAUGAACUAAUUAUUUAAAUAAAUUUAAUAUAAUUAACUAAUUGAUAUUAGAGUAGACUAUGAGUAGUCCCUCUUUCAUUUAAUCUGUCAAGUGUGACCAUAAAUAGACCCUGAGAAAAAAGGCCACCUGCCAUCUUUUUCUUGUUUUUUCUUGUUUUUUUUUUGCAUUACACAUGACUGACUAAGUGAAAGAGGGACUACUCAAAGUCUAAUAUUUGAUGAACAAUAAAAAUGACAGAGCUGAAACAUUUGCAUAUUAAAACAAAAAACACGCAAGCUUUUAAAAAGAGAUUA